AAGGUAGUGCAAUUAGUUUCAGUUCUAGACAUAGAUGAAAGAAAGUCAAAACAUAAAAAUUUGGUGAAAGUGAAUAAUCUCCAUUUCUUGGAGAAUUAUUAGAGAGGAGCAGGUUCCUUAUAAUCCUUUAUUGACAGUUAGCUUUGUCAAUUAUUCUAAGGCCAUGGAAGUCAAUAGAGAAAGCAUAGUCUGAGGCCAACUUACAUUAACUAGUGAUUCAUGUAAAACUGUUGAGAGAAAUGAGGAAAAUUAAAAACAAAAAAAAACUCCAGAACACAGAGAGAAACAAACAAAGUAGAUGUAAAAUCCUAGUCAACUUCAUAACAUAAUAAAAUAAAGUUUUUGUUAUUAAUGAAGAGUAGGACAACUUUUGCUGAAUUUACUCUUAGAUGGAUUGGGCUAGAUAGAGCCACAACUGCAAAAGGAAAGUCAAUGCUUUACGUGAAUAACAAUAGAUCCAAACAUGGAAGCAGAAUCAUCUUCUCAAAAACCUCAUAUGCAAAUGGCAGCAACAAGAAUUUCAGUUUCUAGCUGCCCUUCACUUUUAAUGGCCUUCCUUUUUGCUUUGUCUGCCUCUUUCCAAUUCAAUGAUCCUGAUUGGUAUUUGUGGUUUCCUCUAUAUGCAAUGGCUUGCCUUGUCAACAUGGUCAAUGGAGUCCCUAAAGUCACAAAAACAGCCAAAAUUGCACUCUUGAUGGGAAUCAUCUUAUUCCUCAAAGUUGUCAUUGAAGAUGUUCGUUUUCAUCAAGGAAUAACUGGACUUUGGUCGUUCGAUAUGAGGGAAAGAGUUGUGAGGGAAAAGCUUGGAAGUGGACUUGUUAUUCUUUCCAUGUCUUUACAACUGCUAAAAUCAGACAUUAAUAAUCCCUCACUUGCAAACCAUGUUGAAUUUGGACAAUCGAUGUUGGUUGCAAUAGGUUAUGGCCUGUCCGUUGCUUUCUUCUUAUUCUCAAAGCCAGAAAUGAAGUUUUAAUCUCACUGUCCUCUUCCCUUUUGUAAAUACAAGUAAUAACAACUCCCACAGUGUACUCAUCCUUCACAUAAAGUAUAUACUGUCCUCUUUGAACA